UGACAAAUGGCGUCUGCAGAUGGCUGUGUAAAAUUGGGAUUUUCCCAGCCAGUCCGCGUAUGCAGUGAAUCCUGUCUUUUUGCUGAGGAUGUCUGCUACUGGUUGUCAGCCCCAAGGGUGUGCUGCUGCUUUGCAACCUUCCCAGCAGAAAUAGAAGUGAGAGGGCUCUUUUCUCUGGCCACAUGAGCAGGUUAAUAAGGCAUCAUCAUGUUUGAAGCGCUCAUGGUACUCUGCAAAGUCACCAUGGCCGCUCCUAAUUCUGGCUUUGUGGGUGCUGUAUGGGCUUUUUUUGUGGUUUUUGUUUCUGGGUUGGACGCUUUGAAAGCGGUUGCAUAUGAAACGGGUCCAGCUGGGGCUGGCAGAGAUAUAGGGUGCUGAUCCUGGACAGUUGUGCUAGGACUGUGUUGGGUGAAGUAGUUGCACACAAAGGUGUGAAGAGCUUCACUAAAGGAACAGGCUCUGGGAAGUUUCUCUUGCUUC